AUGCUUACCAAGGCUGUCGCUCAUUCCAGAUUGUUGUUGUUGAGACCAGUAACGGUAGAAGCUUCUGACCACAGAUAUUAUUCCAUUGUUAAAAACUACAUUGAUGGUGAUUCCGCCACCAAUGCUCUCAUGCAUGGUAGCCCCGGUGCCGUCCACUGUGUCGCUUACAUGGAUGGAGGCCUCAAGGCGGAUCGCAUUAACUGGAUUAAGACGCCCAAGUUCAGCGGCUCUUUAGGCUGGGGCAUUGAUCUAGAUAUUUUUAACAACGAAGAUACUAGCGAAAAUGGUGACAGUGGUGGCGAUGAAGACGAUGACGGCUUUGGGAUGGCAAUAGCGCUGCUUAUGUCUGUCUCGAGAGCGACAGACCCGAUCAAAGAGCUCAUUGAUCCCAAGCCAGACAGCUACAUGCGGUUCUGUAAUAGUGCCGGCAACCAAUUCUUUAAUUACAAGUGCAAAACUCGUAGUAGCAACGGCUCGGACUCUUUCACAAGCGUGCUGCAUUACUGGAACCUGGAGGAGUCGUUUAGUACGGAGUAUGAGCUGGUAGACGGUGAUAGCUACUACGAUGAUGUUGCCGCCACGCUGGGCAUUGUUAAACGCAUCUACAGGCGCUGGCUCAACAUACCCAUCGAGGCCUCUAAUGAUAAAAUUGUGGUAGCCAACCCCAAAGAAAUGAUUGGGAACCAGCAGCCGUUCUUCGCCACAGGUGUCACGUUUGGCCUUGACAUCUACCAGGACGCCACGGUGCGCGGUCAAGAGUUUGGCGGCAUCGCCGUCUACUCCAUGACCGUGUUGCAGCUGACAGAAUCUAUCGACGGCAUGAAGGAGAUUGGGGACAUUGAUAAGUAG